CUCCCGCCCCUCCGGCGGCGGCGGCGGCGGGCGUCUCGCGGCGGGAGCCGCGGGCGGCACGCGCCGCCCUCACCCCUCGGCCGCGGGCGGGGCCGCUGCUGCACGGAGCCGCCCGUGUGAGGCGGGGGGGCCUGGCAGCCGCCCCGCUCCAGGUGAUGCCCGCGGCCGGCGUGACGGCGCCGUUGGCGAGGCGGCGGCCGUUACCGAUGGAGAAGGAGGCGGCGACGGGCUCCGCGCGGGCCCUGCCGGCCGCCCCCGCCGGCGGCUCGCACCUCGGGGCCGCCCCGCCCUGCCCCUGAGCCGCGGGGAAGCGCCAGCGGCCGGCCCGAUCGCUCGGCUCCCCCUCCCCAGCCGCUAUCUCCUCCUCCGUCCUCGAUGUCUCCCCCGCGGCGCGGAGGCCCCUUUGCCGCCUCCCCGCCCUCUCGCGCCUCACCGCCGCAGCCCUCCCGCCCCGCGGUCCGGCGGCGAGAGGCGCCCGGCGCCAGGCCGCCGCUGCCGCCCGUCCCCCCCGGCUGAGGAGCGGCGGCGGAGAGGCCGCCGGCCCGCCCGCCGCGAUGAAGGUGGAAGCGGGAGACAACUCCAUGAUCAACCUGUCGGUGCAGCAAGUGCUGAGCCUGUGGGCUCACGGCACCGUCCUCCGCCACCUCACCGAGAUGUGGUACUGGGUUUUCCUGUGGGCUCUCUUCUCCUCUCUCUUUGUCCAUGGUGCUGUGGGAGUAUUAAUGUUUGUGAUGCUGCAGAGGCAUAGGCAGGGGAGGCUGAUCUCUGUCAUUGUGGUCAGCAUUGGAUUUCUGGGUUCUGUAACUGGAGCAAUGAUAACCAGUGCUGCAGUAGCUGGAAUUUACAGAGUAGCUGGAAAGAAUAUGGCUCCCUUAGAAGCGCUUGUCUUUGGUGUUGGACAGACAGUACUGACAUUAAUUAUAUCAUUUUCAAGGAUUCUUGCAACGCUUUGAGACUUAUGUAGAAGGGGAAAAAAAUCAACCAGUGCAAAGAAACCUUUAAUCUGAAGAGAAGCUUCCUGAAAGUGGAUUCAUCAGUUGAUGAACGUGAAUUCUAGUGCAAGAGAAAGGAAGCAUGUGGAAUGUGCACUACAAAAUCCAGAGGUUCAGUCAAAUGAGCAGACUGCCCUCUAAUGUCAGAACUGAUGGCCUUCUGCACUGCGCCUGAUGUGCCUCUGUCGCAGGCAAGGUGCAAGUCGUGUGUUCGAAGCUCAGAUGAAGCACCUUGAGUAGUUGCCAGUCAGGUUGAUGUGUGGGGAUGGGGUCAUUGUGCUUGACAGUGUUGUAAUAAAAUAAAGGGGCGCUCCACAAAAUUGCUGUAUGUGCCAAACUUGGAGUCUUAGUUCUUAACUGUUGGUUGGGUAAGCUUUGAAAUUGUAAUUAUAGAAAAAUGCUGUGAACACACACUCUGCUUGAAUUCAGGUAAAAUAGCAAGAUAACUGACUUUUGUAUCAGCAGAGUCUCUCUGAAUGCUGAAUAUUCUUAUUUAGCAUUCAAAACAACUGUUAGGCCUGUUUUGAAGUGUAGGUGGAUUUGGAUGGGGCUUAAGAAACAGCUUUAGCAGCUGUGAUGUCACUAGCACUAUGUGUAGAACGGCUCAUGGUGGUUUUCUGAGCACAUCAUUCCCUUAUGGUUUUAGCUUGUCAGAUAUCAGUAGUUUAAGGAGACUGUAUGAAGGUUUGCGUAUGCACAAACAAAUCUUAAAUUGAUGGUUUCCUUAAAAUUACUUUGUCUUAAACAUACAGAUAAGCUACCAGCACUUCUGAAAACCUCAAAAAGGCUACUUGUCGCAAAUAAGCUCCCUGUAUUUAUUUAAGCACUGAUAGGACUCUUAACCCUACACGUAUUCUUCCAAGAACACACAAAUAUAACAGACUUGAAGAGAAUUAAACCUAUGAGGAAAAUGGAAAGUGAUAAAAAUAUGAUAUUGGGUUUCUACUGAACAAAAAAUAUUAAAUUUAAUAAAAUUGUCUCUAUACUCCAAGAGUUUGCAACUGGGCAGUGCUAAUGUAUUUACUACCUUGUUUCUGAACACUUUGUAUCUUUGGAAAAUUAUGAUACCUGGAACUUCGAAAUACUUAGUUUUCAGUAGAGUUUGUGCUUUUCUAGUUUAAAAGGGACAGUAGUGUUGUGCAUGUGAAAUGUCUUAAAUGUGAAUGUUUUGGAGUGAAUAGAAAUUUGAAGUAAAUAUUUAUGAAAUAAAAUUUAAAGGGCACGAAGUUCUGUGUGAGGAAUAAGGAUGUUUUACAUCUUUUCUCAGCUGAAUGCUAUUCAGCAGUCAGCUUUUAAUGCUGACAGUAAAUUGCUCAAACAUUUUGCUGUUAAGAUAUCAAAAAGACUUCUAGGACUGUUGAAACAGGAUAUAGUUAAAACAUAACUUACAAUCGAGUCAUAUUGCUUAGUGCUUCAAGAUAUUAUAAUGAAUUAACCUGUCUGCCUUUAUUUUACUCCAUGUACACUGUUUUUGUUUGUUUUGGUUUUUUAAGUGCUGAGGAUGCUAAUAUUAUUUCUUUUCUUUUAAAGUAUUUAAGUCUGGUUUGAAAAAUGUACAAAGUUACAGGCUUUGCAGGGAACAAUGUAAAAUGUUAUAAACCUUUUCAGUGUUAUAUUUUUGGCUUUGAAUUACUUUAAAAUGUGGUUUAAUAUAUAUAUAUUUGUUAUUUUAAAUGUCUUCAAAACCUUAGUUUUCAUGGUUUGGGGGUUUUGUCUUGUGGCUUUUACUUUCUGCUGAUACUUUUGGCAUAACAAUCAUUGCACUUUAGUAGACAAUGAAAUUACUACUUUUGUAAAAGGCAAUUUAAGCUUCUCCCCAUUGUCUUAAAUUAUGAGAACUGCUUUCAGGUAUUUAAGUCAAAUUGAAUAAUAAAGUAAAUGAAGAUAUUUCUCGUAAUGUGCCUUGUUACAUACAUUUUUAGGGGAGAGGAUUUUAAAAAAAAAUCAAAUUACCUUAUCUUCAUUCUUGUUCUAUUUUUGCUAUUUCUAAUUUAGUUAUUUGAUGUCUUAACAAACUUUUAACACAUUUCUGUUUGACAACCUAGAAAUGCUUGUCUGGAUUAAACCCAACAGUUUAAUGAAACACUGGAUUCAGUAAUUUAGAUUCUCAUGAUUUUACUUCACACUGGAACUUCUUCCCAGUUUCCAAAUUUUGAUUCUUAUUUAUUGUAUAAGGCUAUUAUGCUACCACUGAUCAAUGGCUUGCUGUCUUUCACCAAGUUAAACUAACGGACAACUGCUAUCUUACGAAAUGCAUAUACAAAACUUUUAUUAACGUCAUUCUUCAUUUUAAUUGCAGUGCCAAUGAAAUUGCUGUUGUAAGUUUCCCCUUUUGACAAGGAGGCAUCUUUGCAGAUGUUGUUACCUUCCUCCCAGCUGUUUUUUAUUGCGUAGAUCAUUGUAAUCACUUUUAAGACAUUGUUAGGUGCUUAGUUGUCUCUGGUUUAUAUGGCAUUAUUGCCUGGCAACCAUGAAGAGGCAGGUAAUGUAAUGCCUAAGUGGCUUAACAGAGACGAAGUUAUGUAUUUGGUAGAAAAUUGUUUUUAACUAUUUCUUGUGAAGAAUAGAUGAGGCAAAUAGUUUGUCUAUGAUGUAUUCUUUGAUCAUAGCAUGAAUUUACUGCAUAAUAAUUCCAGCAGUGAAAGGAAGUGUAAGUGGCCUUAUGUCUGUGAAACUUUAAAAUUUCAUUCCACAUCCUUCGAAAGAACAUUGUUAAACAUAAGGUGCUCUAGUCAGUGCAGUGUAUGUGUGUAUAUAUGUGUGUGUGUAUAUAUGAAUGAUGGUUUUGGAGUGUGUUCUAUAGCUUACACAUGCAACUGAGAACUUUUGCAAGAAAAAGAAAAAUUAUUUCAGAUAACCUUUUUCUCCCCACUGCACCUAACGCCCCACCCCCACCCCUAGUUGUUAGGCUACAAAGAUAUCUUGUGUAUGAAUGGCACUGAUAGUACUCUGGGUCCCUUUGGACAAUACAGCGUUGUGCAGAUGUCCACACAGGGUCUUUUAGUGCUAUCUUCAAAUAGCUCUGCCUGGCUCUGCAUCAUAUCACCAGGCACAUUCUGCAUUGUUAAUGAUUAGUUUCUAGUAAAGAACAAAUAAUACAUCAACACAAUCUCUGGAGGAGGGAGGAAUAUUUAAUGUGAAGAAGCUUCUACUGCUUUGUUGGAAGGUGCUGCUGUUAAUGAUUGCAACAUUCCACACAUUUCCAAUUUAUCAGUAUGAACAUGGAAUCAUAGGUUUGGAAGGGACCUCAAGGAUCAUCUGGCCCAGCCUUUCUUGGUAAAAGCACAGUCUAGCCAAGCACCCUGUCCGGACACAUCUUAAAAGUGCCUGAUGUCGGGGAAUCCACCACUUCUCUGGGGAGAUUAUUCCAGUGGCCGAUUGUUCUCACUGUGAGAAACUUUCCCCUUGUCCCCAGUGAGAAUCUCCCCAGGAGAAUUUAUACCCAUUACCCCUUGUCUUUUCCGUGUGACUCCUUGGAGGCUCCCUAUUUACAUCAUCUUUGUAGCCACCCUUUAAAUACUGGAACAUGGUGAUAAGGUCUUCCCCUAAGCCUUCUUUUCUCAAGGCUGAACAAACCCAGUUCUUUCAACCUUUCCUCACAUGGCAGGCUUCCCACUCCUCUGAUCAUCUGUGUGACCCUCCUCUGGACCCUCUCCAGCCUGUCUGGUUUUUUUUUUUUUUUUGCAUAGAAGGGCCAAAACUGAACACAGUAUUCCAGGUGUGGCCUGACAAGAGCUGAAUUGGCAUGGGAUAAUGAUGACUUUACCUCUGCUGAUGAUGCCCUUGUUGAUGCAGUCCAGCAUCCUGUUGGCUUUCCUUGCUGCAGCAGCACGUUGUUUGCUCAUAUUGACCUUGUGUUUGCUAAGGCCCUCAGGUCCCUUUCUGCAGAGCUGCUCCCCAGCUGGGUAGAUCCCAGCCUGUGCUGUGCUCCUGGAUUAUGUUUUCCCAGGUGCAAGACCUUGUUUUUGUCCAUGUUGGAACUUCAUAAAGUUUUCGUUAGCUUACUGUUCCAGCCUAUCCAGAUCUUCUGGCAGGGUGGCGCUCUCUUCCAAAGUGUCCACUUCUCCACUCUGGUGUCAUCAGCAGAUUUCAUCAGGGUACGCUUGAUUCCAUCAUCCAGAUCACUUAUGAAGCUAUUGAAGAGCAUUGGGCCUGAUAUUAAUGCCUAGGGGACCCCACUUGUGACAGAUUACUGAUUUGAAAAGGAGCUAUUUACCAUCACCCUCUGGAUGUGGCCUGUCAGCCAAUUCCCCACCCACCACACAGACCACUUCUCUAGACGGUAACACAUGUUUCUCUGGGAGGAGGCUGGAGGAAACUGUAUUGAAAGCUUUGGAAAAAUCCAUGUAGACAAUGCUCACCGCUCACCCCACAUCAGCGAAGCAGGUUACUUUGUCAUAGAAGGUGAUCAGGUUUGUCAGGCAGUUUGCCCAUCGUGAAUCCAUGCUGGCUUUUCCCAGUCACAUGCUUCAUUUGACUUGCGAUAGCCCUCAGGAAGAUUUGUUCCAUAACUUUCCCAGGGGCUGAAGUAAGGCUGAUGGGCCUAAAUUCUCUGGAUUGUCCUUUAAGCCCUUCUUGUAGAUGGUGGUGACAUUAGCAUUCUUCCAGUCUUCUGAGAUGUCCCCUGUUCUCCAUAGCUUCUCACAGAUUAUGGAGAGUGGCCUUGUAAUGUUGUCAGCCAGCACUCUGAACACCCUCCGGUGGACAAUGGUCAGGCCAAUUGAUUUGUAGGGGUCAAGCUCUUGUAAUAGUUCACGUACCAACUCUUUCUUCACGGGUGGUGGCCCUGGGUUUGCAUCAACCUUUGUUUUAGUACUAACACUUGGUGUGCUCAGCAGGAUCCCAAACUCCCCAUUGUUGUGAUCACUGCAGCCAAGGCUACCACUGAGAUAUUACAAAGAAGCUUGUCUUGGUUUGUGAGUAGCAAGUGUAGCAGUGCCUCAUUCUUGGUUGGUGUAUCUAACGUUUGUAUGAGGUAGUAGUCCUCUGUGCGUUCCAGGAGCUUGAUGGAUGAUGUGAGCUGCUGUAUUGUUCUGCCAACAAACACCUGAGUAGUUGAAGUCACCCAUAAGAACUAGGUUCUGUUGACCUGAAGCUUGCUUAAGUGACCCAAAUACCGCUUCAUUGGCCUUGUCGUCUUGGUUUGGAGGUAGGUAGUAGAUGCCUAGUAAGAUCCCCCUUGGAGAUGGCUCCUCUGGUCUGGACUCAGAGGCAUUCAACAGGACUUCCACAAUCACUGUAGCUGGCUUCUAUACAUUCAAGACUGUCCUUAGCAUAGAGCACGACUCCUCUUCCCCGUCUGUCUCUGUGAAACAGCCUAUAGCCAUACAUCACCAUCCUUCAGUCAUGUGAGUUGUCCCAACACAUUUCAGUUUUUCCUAUAUCAGAACUGUCUGAGUGCUCCUCCUCUUUGCUCCCCAGCCUGUGUGCGUUGCUAUACAUACACUUGAGGUUGUUGGUCUGGUCCUCAUCUUGGGAGGCAGCUGAGGAACAUUUCUCGCUGCUCUGGUUGGCCUGGCUUAUUCCCCAGAUCAAAAAAAUUUGUUUUGACUCAAAACUCCAGCUAUGCUGCAGAAAAAAAUCUUCCAAAUAAUUAUUGUCUUUCAUUUUAUGGGCAAUUCAGAGUUCAUGAAACUAAUCUAUGUACCAUGACUGGUGAGAUAAUUUGAAGUUUGCUGUUGAUAAUUUUUUAAAGAAACCAAUAAAUUAGGCAAUUUUGAACGUUCAACAUGGACCAAAGAGAGUAGUCCUGAUUUUGUGUAAAGUAGCUUUCUAUUUUUGAAGUACACUGGUUUUAUUACUCUGAUGGAAAUAAUAUUCCCUCUUCAACAUAUUGCACAACGAUAUUUAUUUUGCUUACAAGUUCCAUUUGAAUUCUGUUGGAGGGGGAGGCAUAUAUAAUGCCAUUUGAGUGGAAGCUGUAGUGGAGUCUAAGCUCAAAUAACUGUAAGAACUGAUUUAAUCAUUAUUUUCUGGUUUAAUUUAUGUAUUUCCUGUGCUAAGUGUAUUCUAAUAAUGCUUUUCCUGCAUUAAAUCUGAAUAUGAUAUCACGAGUAUAUUAAGCUGCAUGGUUUUGUAUACAGCCAUUCAACAUCACACGUGUAUUUCCACAUAAGCACGAACAGUAUUGCUAAGUGUAACAAAGUGUGGAUGAAUCAGUUAAGGCCAAAAAAAAAAAAAAGAGUGACUUUAAUAACACUUAGAAAAACAAUCGUGAACAUAAGAAUUUUUUCAGUUACUCUUCUGUUUCUAGAAAUAUGCUUUUUCAUCUUGUGUUUCUCAGUUAAGGGGUAAAAUGUGGAAACUAGUUGUUAGGAUGACAGCUGCAACCUAAUCUAGUUCCAAGCAAUUUGAGGUAAAAUGAAAUUCUGAAUUUUGUUCAUAAAUUAUAACGGAGUGCUACAUAUAUGUAAAUGCUAGAACAUAACCCUAUUCCAGUGUGACCAGAAUUUAGCAUACAACUGCAUCAGCAUAUUGACAGAAUACCUUUUGAAUUAUUUUGUUUUUUCAACCUCUAGAUUGGGAGCAGCUCAAGGUGAAAAGACUGUUCAAAUCCUCAGCUGUUGCUUCAGAAGGAGUAAGUGUUCCUUGUGUACAGGUGAAUUUAACACAGCUGAAAGUUUGUAUUGGGUUGAAAGUCAGAUAUCUGUCACCCCUUCAUUACCACCACCACAGCCUUUAAGGUCAGUGAGAUAAGUAUUCUGUACUCCGUUACGGCGGUGAAACUUCAGCUGAGCUGCAUUAGUUUGUGUAAUUAACUGUAAAUCCUUUGAUGAAAAUGAAGUUGUCAUAGAAGUUAGACUUUAACCCAAGAGUAACCCACUCACUUGUAAGUGAGAAAGAUUGUGUCCCGACAGCAUGCUGUUUCCCAAACUUGUGCCUAGAAUUACACUGGAAAUCAGUUUGCGUGUUAAGUUUACAUGUAAUCACACAGAUAUCUCAAAGUCCACAAAGACACGUUACUGCUUAGGGUAUUCUUGCAGUACAGUACAGCAGGCGUAAAAACAGUUCUAAAGUAACGACCUAAAGAAGUGUUUUCUUUCAGGAACACCAUUUUUUCACUUCUAAUUGUUGAUCUUGUAGAUACUGAACACUUUAGGAAGUUACUGCAGGGAUACUAGUAGGAUUUGUCAGUUGUUAAAGGGAAUGGAUACUAUGUCCUUUUGUGCCUCUUCUGUGAAUUGGAGAAAAGCCAGACCUAUAAGGCACAGUAAAUACUGAGAGAUACUUCCAAUAAAAUAAAUAAUACUUGAUAUAAAUGGCAUUUCUUUUUAUUCAAAUCUAAGUUUAAUUCAGGUAUUUAAUAUCACCAUUGUAAAAUCUGUUUCUGGAUUAUCCAUUAAUAUAAGAUGGAUGGAUGAAGGCAUAGGAGCUAAAAAUCUAAAACCUUUUAAAAUGACUUGGCUGGAGGUUUUACUUGUUUGAAACGUGUUUAAAUUUAUACAGGUAAUGAAGUUUUGAAGGCCUGUAAUAUUUUAGGGGUUUAGAGAGUAAUCAGGUAUUCAUGUAAAUAAACUUUUGACUGUGCCAAUAUACAGAAGAGCACAUAAUUCUUCAGAAAUGCUUACAGGAACCACUGAAGAUAGAUACCUAUUUUACAAUCAGAAAAAUCCUACAGUAUUUGACAUCUGUAUUGAUAACUGUAACAGUUGUACUAUAAGCUUUACAAAUACAAAUAAAAUCAGUAUUUUAACCAUUUGGAUUUGGCUGAGCAAAUAAGGAGGAGAGAAAAAAGGGAUUUUGAAAAUCUUUAAAAAUGAAAAAAGCAAAAAGUAUCCAUUAGCCCACUGACAAAAUUGUGCCCCACCAAUACUGUUUUUCAUCAAGCAUGACUUAAACAAUAGAUCAUACACAAUGCAGCAUAAUAUCUCGCAUAAUAUCUCUCCAUAAAGUGUCUUGUGGAUAGAAUGCAUUCUGCAAAUUUGUAUUAGAAAUAAAUGUUUGUAUUUUCACCUGGUGAAGUUGCCUAAGCUGGAUCGUGAGCUAGGCAUUGUUACGAAGCUCGAAGGUAGUGACAACAGUGAUGGAGAGAGUGAUUUAACAUAUAGUUGAUUUAUGUUCAUACAGGACUAUAUUACACUGCGAAAAAGGUAUUCAUUCAGAGUUGUUGAUGUUCUUCAUGUAACAGUUUAUCUGCAAUUAAAAAUAAAAGGUGAAAUUUAAGCUGUAAAUACUGUAUACUAUUAUCUUUCCUUUUUUUAAGGAACUUUUUUAUUUCCCUGUUUGUGUAUAGUUCUCUAUGUAUAUAUUAAAAAAACACGAACCGACCAGAACUUUUUGAGAAACUUUUCUAGUUACCUUCUGCAUUUAAUUGCAGUAACGAUCUAAAUGUGUCCGUUCAGCUGUUUGUUUAGUUCCAAGUUUUCAUGGUAUGCUUUCAGGUUCUUUGAAAAGCAGCAAUAACAGUUGAACAAUUAUUUAGAGUAAAACUUUGUUCUGCACAAUUUCCACUUCCAUGCUUCAGAGUGGAGGCGCAGUGGAACACUCACCCAAUUGUAAGAUUUCAGGAUCUUUUAAGGAGGUUUUAUCUUUUUCUUUUGGGAUAUGAAAUGUUUCGUAGCAGCUUAUAUACAGAAUUUACAAGUCAAACACAAUUUCUCAUGCUCAUUUAUUUGAUUAAAAGUUUCUGUUAAAAUAUUUUCAUAAAACUUCCAUAGCUUAUUGCAUGUUCUUAUAAGUAAUCAUAAAACUAUGCGUUGACCUCUGUAUGAAAUACUCUGAUAACAAAAGUUUUACAUUUUGUGAGCCUGAUUGAAGUGUACAAAUGUACACAUAAAAUAAAGCUAAAAUUGGUAAUUAAGUGAUGUACUUUC